AUGAGCACUAAUCCUGAUGUGAUUCAAAAGUGUUUGUGGCCUGCAUGCCUUGUAGGUCUAUUCAUCCCUGGCAUCCUCUCUCUGCACUGUAACUUGCUGCAUUUUCACCUGAGGGAAGUCACCUGGCAAAAUCUGAAACUUCUGAACAGCAUGAACAAUUCAUUUCCUGUAGAGUGCCUAAGAGAAACCAGGGCUUUUGAGUUUCCCCAAGACAUCCAAUCAUAUACCCCACAUGGAAAAAGGUACCUAAAGGAGGCCUUCUAUGAAAUGUCCACACAGACCUUCAACAUCUUCACACAGUAUACCAUCAAAUCCACUUGGAAAAAGAAGUACCUGCAACAAAUUCAAAUCAGACUUGACUGGCAGAUGCACCACUUGGAACAAUGCUUGGAGGAAGAGAAGAAAGGAAACAAAGACUCAAAACAGAUGGAAGAGGAUGCGAUGAACUUCUCAGGAGCUAUGGUCUCCCAGGUGAGCAACCUAGAACUGAGGAGAUAUUUCUACAGUAUAUACAACUUCCUGAAAGAUAAGAAAUACAGUCGCUGUGCCUGGGAAAUCAUCCAAGUGGAACUCAGAAGAUGUUUCUACUACUUUUAUAAAUUAACACUACUACUCAGGAAGAAAUAA